UCUAGAACACAUUCUGAAAGAGUGAACGUGGCUUGGAUCUGUUCAGUUUAACUGGACCUUCUCCACAGUUAGCACAAUUAAAACAUCCCUCAGACAAAAUGAUUAAGAUGUUUACCACCAGGUUUUUCUCAGCAAAGGUCAGUUUUACUGAUUUACUGAAUGGUUCUCUGUAGAAUUUCUGUUUGUAGUUUGUGUAAACUAAAACGUUGACAGAGUUAAAACUUUGAAGAUAGAAAACUAUUUCUGUGAUUUCUGAUGCCACUGAAAGUUAUUCAAUAUUUUGUGAAAGUAAUACUGUUUUAACUGUUUUAAACAGAAAGGUGCUGAUAAACUCGCUGUCGCCAAUCAGAUAAAGGCCACUAAAUCUCAGGAAAGGUAAGAAAGUUUUCUUUUUGAGUUUAGUUUAGAGAUUUCUUACAACUCAGUUUCGAAGGCCAUUGAACUUUAAACAUGUUUCAUCUUUUUUAUUUUGUUUCUGCAAAUGCAAACAGCAUUGCAGUAAAACAUCAAACCUUAGAUUCAAAUUUAAUCUAAAGCGUAGAUUCCAACUUUUGAAAAAGUAUAUGGGUGUCUGACUAAAAAUAACCAAAGACUGCAAAUCUUAGCAAUAUAUUAUUUCUGGUUUCUGGUAUUUGGUUUAAAGAUUUCAGACUAAACUUAUUUUCCCUAUAUUUUUUUCUCAGCAGAGUCCCAGAGAGCAAUGAUAUCACCACAGCCUCAGUCUCUGCAACAUCAGCUGAGGCUGGAAAAAAUGAAAAACCGAGAAAAUCAAAGAAAUCAUUUUUUAGUUUCUUUCAGGUAUAUUUUAACUUGUUUUAGAUCUCAUUUUAGUUUCUGCACAUUUAAAUCUAAAUGACAGAUUUUUGAAUUAGUCUUUAAGGAACUGUUUUAUAUUAAUUCAACAGAAAACAAAAAGUGAAAAGAAAGCCAAAGCUCCUCAGAAAAGUGUUCAAACACCAGAGGAUGAGGAUAUACCAAGUGGGUGUUGGCCCUUCAAAUUCUUCAGGGUAUGUUUAACAGACAAGUAAAGUGUUUAGAUAUUUGCUAAAUAGAGUUAAAUAAUAAUAUGGGGUUAUCUCACUAAGUUAGAAUAUUAAAAUUUAAAUUUAUUUCAGUUACUAUUAAAACGGCAAAACGUAUUUAUUGCAGUGAUUCCUUACCAAUAGGGUGAUAUAUUUGAGCAUUUAUUUUUUAUAUUUUGAUGACUGACUUACAGCUAAUGAUAACCAGAAAUUCAGAUCCUUAUAAAAUUUAAAUAUCAUCUGAGACUAAGGGAUGUUUGAAAACAUAAAUAUUAUUUUAUGGUCAUUUUAUGGCUUAUUUAAAUAAUCCAUCUUACUUUAUUGUUUAAUCAUCAACACUUUUCACAUAGAGAGCAAAUCGCAAAAGGUCAUUGCUGAAGUAAUGUGCUGUUCUCAGACUGGUGUACCUAAGCAUAUCUAUAGGAAAUUGGAUAGAAGAAAAAAACAAAUUAGAACAAGGUGCAAAAGCAAAAGGAAACCUGAUAUCUUCGAUGCCACAGCUCCAACCAACUGUUUAAAAAAACAUGUGCUGUUCAGUACAUAUACUUACUUUUCAGUAGGCUGACAUUUAUUUGUUAAAAAUCUUUUUAAUGGCCUUCUUAAUUAUUAAAAAAUUCAAAAUAAUUGAGUUUUAUUAGCUGUAGACAAUGAUCAAAAUUAACUUUUUUUUUUACAACUUCAUAAAACAAAUACAUUUUUCAAUGAUUUUCUUAUUUAUUGAGAUACACCUGCACCUUUUCUUUAUUAAAUGAUGAUGAUUUAUCUCCAACAGAGAACAAAUAAGGUCACUCCAAUUUCAUUGGCAGACCCAAUCCAGACUUCAUCAAAUACACCAACAAGCUCCAGCUCAGAUAAACCGACAGAUGAGCAUCUGCUGAAACUUUUCUCCACAUUCUCAGACCGGAGCAAGCCAAAUCAAGACACCCUACCCAGCGGUCCAGGAACCACGAAAGAGGAAGUACGACAGGAAGUUGCCGUCUCCGGUUCUGAGCAGAUUUUACAAACAACGUCUAUGCGAAUCAGUUGCCGUUCAGAUGACAUCACAGAGCUUGAUAUGUGGAGACUUUCCACUUCAUCCUCAGAGGCGGAUGAAACGACUAAAGAUGCAGAUGCCAGAAAUGUUCAACAGUACCUAAUGAGAAUGGAGAAGCACCCUAACCUCACUGAGGGCUUAUUCCAGAAUUUCCUCAACAAGCGUAGAAGGAACAAUCAAAUGCUUUACGAAAACAAUUUAAAAAGAAACACCACCAGUCCCAGAGGGUUCCCAAACAUCGGGAACACCUGUUAUAUGAACUCAACCCUGCAGAGCCUCUUGAGCUUGGAAGAUUUUUUCAGGAGCAUCAAUUGUAUGAAGCCGAUCUGGAGUUUACUUCCUGAGGCUCAGCUUUUAUGUAAACUAGCAGAGAUUGCAGACUGUCACACCUCGAUAGACUCAAAAGUGAAGACCUCCCUCCUGAAAUCUUUUAAGAAGGUGGUGUCUGAUCUGGCUCCAGAGUUUAGUAACGGUUUGCAAAACGACGCCCAUGAGUUCCUGAUAACGGUCCUGUCACAGAUCCAGUUUCUUGCCCCUCAACUCCAAGACAUUGCUUCCUGCCUGGACACAAGCUACACCUGUCCUGUUGAAGAAAAUCUGGUGUUUAGAAUGAAGAACACCAGGACAUGCAAGAUGUGUGGAGACAGGUCAUUGAGGCAGGAGACAUUUACCAACCUGUCUUUGGAUCUGGUUCCUGGGGGGUCAAUUGAAGAGAUGCUUGAGAGGUAUCUGAUGGAAGUUGAUUUAGAGUUUAAGUGUGAGUGCGGAGGGAAGACGUCGUGCCAGAGGUCUGCCUUUGCAACCCUGCCUCGAUAUCUUAUCAUACACCUCAAGCGUUUUCGGUUUACCCCAUCUUUCAAUCUGGAGAAGAUCAAUGAUCCUGUUAGGCUUCAAAGGGAGUUGGUAGUGUCAUCAGAGCUGGGUGGCAGUUGCUAUAGUCUGAUCAGUGCCAUCAGUCAUUUUGGUUACACUGAAGGAGGACAUUACAUCAGUGACGGUGUACACCCAGAAGACCGUCCAGAUGAGCCAACUGACUUCUGGCUCACCUUCAAUGACUCAAAUGUUGGUGAAACGACAGGUUGGAAAGUUUGCAAGGAACGGCAAGAGUCAGCUUAUGUCCUGUUCUACAAGAAUCACGUAAGGAACACCUAACAUCCCAACCUGAGACUAACUCGAGUUACAUUAAAAAGAACACAUUAGACUGGCUAACACCCUUUUUGUAUAUUUCUGUUUUUUGUAUUUUUAGCUGUAGAAAGCAUUGGUGCCUGGUUGUGGUGAAAAAAAAAUAGGGAUCAAUGUUAUUUAGUUAUUUAACCAUUGACAGCGUGUUUAUUUUCAAGUAAAGUAGCUUCAAACAUAGGAGCAAAUAACUUUUUUUACAUAUAGUUCUACCACGUGCAUGAUUGAGCAUUUGUAUGUCCUCUCCAUGAAUGUGUAGUAUUUUUUCUCCGGGUGCUCCGGUUUUUAAAAAACAUAGAUGUUUUUUAAAAACCGGAGCUAAGCUCAAUCAACUUUUGUUGAUUGAGCUUAGCUCUGAGCUCUGAGUCUAAGUUUGAAUGCCCUGAUUGUGAUAAAAAAUACGGGAGCAAUGUUUAGUUUAGAGCACAUCAGAAUAGAUCACAUAUAGUUUGAAGGGCGGGCUGCACAGUGGCGCAGUGGGUAGCGCUGUUGCCUAGCAAGAAGGUCCUGGGUUCAAGUCAGCCCUGGGUCUUUCUGCAUGGAGUUUGC